UACGGUCUAAGAGCGCGCUUCACAGAAGACGAAGUAUGUUGUUUGAUCAUCGAAUUUCCUAUUUUUAGAACGGAACGAAUUCACAUUGCACGUAUACAUAACGGAGUGCUAUUGAUCAAUAGGUGACCUUGCGCAGCACGCUGCAUAUCACUGCCCCUUAAUUUUGAACCCAGCUGAAUGCCGUCGUAAACGGCGAAGAUUACUAGAUCAACAAAGACUCGCUAUAACAGGUCCAUUAAAUAACAAUGCACCAUCGUUAGAAUGUGGACGGUUCAGCCAAGAUUAUAUUGACGCGUUAAAAGAGUUGAAAGAUGGCAUUUGACUUGCUGCCCACACUCCACCCAAAAUCAAAGCACUGGAUAAUUUGUGUGCGUGUUUCGCGCAAAUGGGAAUACCGUGGUGGUACUGACGAUGGACCAAUAUCUCAUGUAGAUCUUGUUUUUGUCGAUGAAAAGGGAGAUGCCAUGUAUGCUGAAAUACCAAACUCUGAGGUAGACAGUAAAAGCUCUUUAGUUCAAGAAGGUGCCAUCUACAUAAUCAGCCGUUUUAGAGUAUCAAAGGCUAAGUCUCUAUAUAGGCCAGUUGAUGCACCUUACAUGAUUGAACUUACUUGCUAUACCAAAAUAACUCCAGCAAAAGACAUUGCAGCAACCUUUCCAGCAUAUGCUUAUAAGCUCACACCUUUUCUUGAGCUUCCAAAAUACACAGGCGAAAAUAGACACUUCUUAGAUGUGCUUGGCAUCAUAACAGAAGUUUCUGACACAACCUCCCUGCAACUUCCAAACUAGCCAACUGCUACUAUCAGCAGAAAUGUAAUCCUCAAAGACCUCAGAAAUAUUCAAGUUAAGCUGACCCUAUGGGGCCAACGAGCUAUUGAAUUCAGUAUCAAUGAAAUUUACAUUGAAGAAGAACGCAAGCCAAUUGUUGUUCUCAUUGUUGGCAACCUUAUGAAAAGUUUCGCAGGUGAAGAAUACUUGAGUGGGAACGCUGCAUGCCGCUGGUACUUCAAUCCCAUAAUACCAGAGACUGAGGAGUUUUAUAAGAGCAUUCACAACCAGCAAAUAACAAUCAAGCGUACCAUUGCUCCUCCACAUCAAUCAGCACCACAACAACAGCCACUGUAGCUUGAAGAUAAGAGCCUCCAUGAUUUAGACAACAUGGAUCCAUACGAUUUCCCACCAUGUGGAUACCGCUGCACUGUUACUAUUGUGCGCCUAAUCUUAGACACACCAUGGUGGUUCCCAUCAUGUAAUAGAUGCAGUCGGACCUGUAUACCGAAUGGCGACGGUUACAAAUGCAACACAUGCUCCUGCACUGGCUACCGCUUCAAAUACAAGUUAUGUUUCAUUGCAAAUGAUGGAACCGCUGAAAGUGAAAUGAUAGCUUUCGGUGAAGUUGCUCGUCGUAUUGUUGGUAAACCUGUCCAGCAGGUCUUUAGAGCAUCAAGAUUUGCAAAUGACGCACCACCUGACAUUGCAGCUACAGUCUCCUUAAAGUUCACAUUUGCAAUUACCUUGACAGAGCAUAGCUACUAUACCCCACAAAAAACAUAUCAAGUCACCUCUGUCAUCACUUCUUAUGGAAGACAGCACGCACUUCCAAACAUAAGCUGCAAUCAGCCCAAGAACCCACCAGCCUCUCAGACAUCCCAGCCAACCUUUCAGCCACACAACUAUCCUCCCAAUGUACAUCCCAGUUUACCUGAUGCUACUUUCUCACCUGGCGUGAAGACCAGUGCAUCUUCUUCACAGUCAGCAGUUCAGAAAACAGUCACACAAAGCAUGGCAAUAGACAAUACUCCCCCUCCUUCACUAGAACAUGAUGAAUCCCCAUUGAAGAGAACAACCCCUCUGGAUGCCACAGAUCCACUUAUACAUCCAGCUACUCGGAAAAGACUAUUCGAAGAUGCAACUUCUUCUAAAAAGGACACUGAACACCAAAAAAACAGCCACAGUGAAACAACCACAGACCCAUCUGAUCCAUUGCCUCACCUAGCAAGUCAAAGAAGUACUUUGCAGCACAUGACACCUGGCACCACGAAAUCAUCAAAAUCGAAGACCACCCAUGUUCCAAAAAACAACCAGUGAAGCUAACCAGACCGGUGGACACAUCUGACCUUUGCCUUUUGCUACAAGAACAGACCUGCUUUCGUUAUUUUGCCUUUUGUUUAUCUUGUUUUCUUUCUUUGCUUCUGUGAAGUUGCUUUUACACCUAGGUUAGCUCACGUCUUAGCUAACAAUGCCACCAGAUAGGAAUGCCACUGAUCCCAAUCAGCAAAACUAUUAACUAAGUAUCCCAGGAGAUGAUAUUGCGAGUAAUCCUCCUAUGAUACACUGAUGUAAAAUAAUAAACCAGUGAUGCUAUGUAGCAUACUCAACUUAGCUAGCCAGUUAAACACUAUCAUUAUCCCUUCUUUUUUAUCGUCCCUCUCCCCCUCUGCAUCCUGA